UUAUGGACAAUAAUUUCUAAUUACCAAACAAAUAAGCCUGUUUAGAAUAACUAACAAAAUUAGGGAUAGAUUACUUUGCUCAUCAUCAUGAUCCAGUUCCAACAAUGGAAGAUGUAGUUAAGAUUAAAGUUGCAGAUGGGACAGCAUACGUAAAGAAUCUAUUGUAUGUUGAUAAAAAAGUAUAAUAUGUUUAAUUAUCAAUUAGUCAAAUUACUAUUUGAUAUUGGCUAAUCAUACAACCCAAGUGGGCAAAUUGUUUUGGAAGACACUUGGAUUAGCAUCUGGAAACAUGAGGUUAAGCAAAGAAGAGCAAAUUGCAGAAGCUCUGAAAUCUAGCAAAGGUAAUGUUAACCCAUUUGCUGUUGCCAAUGAUACAAAUAAUUUAGUAUUGCUCAUUUAAUAUAAAUUAGGUCAAAAAUAUUAUUAUUGACGAAGAGCUCACUAAAUAUUAAAGAUUAGCCUUACAUCCUAUAGAGAAUACAACUACAGUUGAAAUUUCACUUGAUGAUUUAUAAAACAAGUUCCUCAAAAUAUUAAACAGAUAAUUUACAGUUCUACAAUUAACGGAUGCUGCUGCAGAAUAGAAGUUGGAAUAACAAAAAGAAUAAUAAAAAGAAUAAUAGAAAGAAUUAUAGAAAGAUCAAUAGAACCUAUAAACAUUGGCUAUAACAGUAAAAAAAUCAGAUUUUUCAGAAUGGUAUCAAUAAGUUAUAAGAAAAGCAGAAUUAAUAGAAUAUUACGAUGUUAGCGGUUGUUAUAUUUUGAGGCCAUGGGCAUAUUUUAUUUGGGAAUAAAUAUAAAGAUUUUUUGAUGAUCUUAUUAGAACAGAAGAAGUCGAGAAUACUUACUUCCCAAUGUUUCUAUCAGCUAAACAUUUGAAUAAGGAGAAGGAACAUGUAGAGGGAUUCAAAGCAGAAGUUGCUUGGGUAACAAAAUAUGGGGAAAGUGAUCUAAAUGAACCUUUAGCCAUUAGGCCAACAUCUGAAACAAUUAUGUACCCAGCCUUUGCAAAAUGGGUGUAAAGUCAUAGAGAUUUACCAUUAAAAGUGAAUCAAUGGACAAAUAUAGUGAGAUGGGAGUUCAAAUUUCCAACUCCAUUUAUUAGAACAAGAGAAUUCUUAUGGUAAGAAGGACACACAGCUCAUUCUACAAGAGAAGAAGCAGUUAAAUAGGUUUACACUAUCCUCGACUUCUACGAAUAAGUAUAUGGUGAAUUAUUGGCUGUUCCAGUUAUUAAAGGAGUAUUAAAUAUAAUAAUAUAAAUAGAUUAAAACCGAAUCAGAGAAAUUUGCAGGUGGUGAUUUCACUACAACAGUUGAAACUAUCAUUCCAUAAAAUGGAAGAGGUUUACAAGGUGCAACAUCUCAUCAUUUAGGAUAAAAUUUCAGCAAGAUGUUUGAGAUUAAUUUUGAAGAUGAUAAAAAAUAAAAGGCAUUUGCAUGGUAGACAAGUUGGGGUUUAACUACUAGAUCAAUUGGAGCCAUGAUUAUGUUUCAUGGAGAUGAUAAAGGUUUGGUAUUACCACCGAGGAUUGCUAAAUAUUAAAUAGUUAUUAUUCCAAUUAUUCAUAAAGAUCUUGAUGAGUAAUAGUUGAAUGAAAGAUGUGAACAAAUAAGAUUAGUGUAUUUAUAAUUGAAAUAUAUUAGAUUGGUCAAAUAAAAACUAAGAGUCCAUUUAGAUAGCAGGGACAAUUAUUCCCCAGGAUGGAAAUUUAAUAAGUGGGAAUAGAAAGGAGUUCCUAUUCGAUUGGAAAUUGGACCAGGAGAAUUCAAGAAUAGUGAAGUUAGGGUUGUUUAGAGAUUUGACAAUAAGAAAUAUCAAAUAAAAAUGGAGGAACUUAAUCAAUUAAAUCAAAUACUUGAUGAUAUUCAUAAUGCGAUGUUAGAGAAAGCUAGAACUGAAUUAAAUCAAAGAAUCAAAUAGGCUGAUAAUUGGAAAGAAUUCAUGAGUCAAUUAAAUUAAAGAAAUACUAUAUUAACUAGAUGGUAUUGAUAAAAUAAAUGACGAUUUAGGUGUGAAAGAUAAGAAUGCGAAAAGGAAGUAAAAACAAAAUCAGGAAUAGAAUCUAAGGAGAAGGAUUCAGAAAUUGAUGGAUAAGUCUAAUUAACUGGUAGUGCUAAGACUUUAUGCAUGCCAUUAAAGUAAGAUUAAGUAAAAGAAGGAGAAUUAUGCUUCAAUUGUGGCCAAUAAGCAAAGAAAUAUGUAUUAUGGGGAAGAUCAUAUUGAGAUAUUAAAUAU